AUGGCCUCUAAUAUACCGGACACCGAUGCAUUUAUUGAACCAGACAUUAUUGAUCCUGAGCCAGUAAAUUCAAGAGGAGGCAUGCCAAUGGAUAUUCCCUCCGGUAAUAUGGACUCCAUCGGCGGAAUGGACAAUAGUAAUCUUGGGAUGAAUAAUCCAACAAAUUUAUCUGCUCCACUAAGAGGUACCUUAGACGAAACAAUUCUGCAAACCUUAAAGCGUGAUUUGUUGAAUAUUAAUUUCAGAUUGAGACAAGUAGUUUAUCCACAUUUCCCUACCGGUAGAUCAUUAACUCAAGGGUCAUCGCAACAAACUAAUAACGUUCAAGAUAUCGCAGCUCAUUGUGAUUUAUGGGCCCCUCUAUUAUUCAUUAUAUCUUAUUCCUUAGCAGUUUCUCAUGCUCAUUCAUUAUUUUCAAGUCUAUUUGUAUCAUGUUGGUCUGUAUUGAUUAUCAUGGCGUUACAUUUAAGAUUAACGAAGCCUUACGAUUCAGUCUCAUUAGUUUCGUACAUAUCUGUAGUUGGCUAUUGUAUUUUCCCUCAAGUUAUCCAAUCAUGCCUCACUCAAGUUAUACUGCCACUAUGUUUCAAGCCUAUCAAGAAUCCUACCAUAUCGGUAAGAGUACUGAUGAUUUUGAAGCUUGUUUUAACAGGUAUUGCUACAUUAUGGUCAGUAACAGCAGCAACCUUAGUAUCUAAUAGUAGAAGCUUUAUUCAUGUUUACCCCUUAGGUUUGUGUUUAUUCGGUUUAUCUUGGCUGGCCACCAUUCUGUAA